AUGGCAGGACGACAAGCCGCAACCACAUUGCUGCGAACCGCAGCGCUUCUCAAGCCUACGGGCACUACUUCCUCGUCGCUGCCUCGACUCGCUUCGACAUCCUCUUCAUCGGCGGCCACCCGCACACCACCACACCUCUUGUCGCUCGCCGAUCUUUCAUCCGCUCAGAUCGCAUCGGUGCUUGAAUCAGCGAUCGAGUUCAAGUCAGCAUUCAGGAGCACCUCAUUGGCACUCCCCGAGUCUUCUCGCAAACAGCUUAGCCUGGGCGAAUCCCCCAUCGUUCAAAGCUUGAAGAACAAGUCGAUCGCUAUCAUGUUCAGCAAACGUAGCACUCGUACCCGUGUCGCUUCCGAAACAAGCGUUGCUUCGCUUGGAGGAACUGGUCUUUUCUUGGCUCCUUCCGACAUUCAGCUUGGUGUGAACGAAAGCUUGUAUGACACUGCCAAGGUGGUCAGCUCUAUGGUUGAUGGUAUCAUGGCUCGCGUCGGCGGUCAUGAUGAAGUCGAGCUCCUAUCCAAGCACUCAACAGUACCAGUGAUCAACGCCCUCUCCGCCCGCUACCACCCCACUCAAAUCCUAGCCGACCUGCAAACAAUGCUCGAAGUCUACGCCUCCACCUCCUCCCCUACCGACCUCACUUCCCUCGCAGGCUUAAAAGUAGCUUGGGUGGGAGACAGCAACAACAUCCUCAACGACAUGCUUGUUUCCUACCCUCGUCUCGGUAUCAACCUCUCUGUCGCUACUCCUUCUGGUUCCGCUUACCAGCGCGAUGAGCUCGUAUGGGGCACAAUGCAAGACGGACUUUCCGCCCUCACCAAGUCCGGUUCUUCCCCCGUCGCUCUUGGUCAAGUCAACUGGACCAAUGACCCUCUUGAAGCAGUCAAAGAUGCAGAUAUCAUCGUCACCGACACUUGGAUCAGCAUGGGUGAUGAGGCGCAAAAAGAACAGCGUCUGCGAGAUUUCAAAGGAUUCCAAGUGACCAAUGAGAUGGCGAACAAGGGCGGCGCAAAGUCAGAUUGGAAGUUCAUGCACUGCUUGCCUAGGAAGAGUGAUGAGGUGGAUGACGAGGUGUUCUAUUCCGAUCGUUCGAUUGUUUUCCCUGAGGCGGAGAACAGGAAAUGGACGAUUAUGAGUUUGUUUGAUCGCAUGUUUGGUCGAUGGGAGCUGUAG